AUGGAUCGUAGAGUGGGUUACGUUAUUGUGGCUUUGGUAGCUGCUGUCCUCUUCUUUCUGGCAAUCGGUUACAACGGAUGGGGAUGUAAUGACAGCAUUCUCGGACCAAAAUGCAUCAGUGAUAAGACGCAUGAAGUGACGGGGGCUCUUCUCCUUACUGCUGCUAUAAUCAUCACCAUAGCUUCCAUCUUCCUUAUUCUUGUUGUGACCGAUGUAUGGGCCUGGAGUGAGAUUACAUCCACCGUGACCACUGCCAUGGCUGCUAUCAUAGCCAUGGCAGGCGUAUUUUUCUACUUAAACAGCCGAAAUUUGUGGUCGCCCUUCAUUGCCACCACAGCAAUGUCACUAACCGUCGCGUUAGCAGCCAUUCUUCUGUUCGACUUGAUCACAUUUUAUGUAUGA